CGAUUGGCCCCGCAGCGCGCAGCCUGAUCACGUGGGGCAGCGUCGACCGGCGCGGGGGAUGCUGGAGGCCAAGAUGGCGGCCGAACUGGUGGAAGCGAAGAACAUGGUAAUGAGCUUCCGGGUAUCAGACCUGCAAAUGCUUUUGGGAUAUGUUGGCCGUAGUAAAAGUGGUUUGAAACAUGAGCUUGUGACACGGGCCUUGCAGCUUGUGCAGUUUGAUUGCAGCCCAGAAGUCUUUAAGAAAAUAAAAGAGCUCUACGAGACACGCUACGCUAAGAAAGGCCCUGAGACAGUCUCUGCUGCUCCUGCACAGCAUCCUGUUCAGAGUCGGUCUCCUGAAUCACUGCAAAUGCAUGCCUCCUAUGACCAUGGAUCUUCAGGCACAAGGACUUCACUCUCUCCUCCUAACAUGGACUACCCAUCUCUGUAUGGAAAACACGUUAAUGGCCUGUCUAGGGUACCACCCAAAGUCUUGACUAAACCUGAGGUGCGCCUAGCCAAGCUGCCUUUUUACGAUGUGGUGGAUGAACUUUUAAAACCAACAGAAUUAGUUGCCCAGAACAGUGAAAAAAUUCAAGACAGCCCUUGUGUGUUUGUCCUAUCUCCUAGGCAAGUGGACCUGAUAAAGAACUCAAGAGAUUUGCACCCUGGCAUCAAAUCUGUUCAAGUUGUCCUGAGGAUCUGUUACUCUGACGUAAGCUGCCCACAAGAGGAUCAGUACCCUCCCAACAUUGCAGUGAAGGUCAACCACAACUACUGCUCAGUGCCAGGCUACUAUCCCUCGAAUAAACCUGGUGUGGAACCCAAGAGACCUUGUCGUCCAAUUAAUCUCACUAACCUUAUGUACCUGUCGUCGGCCAGUAAUAGAGUUACUGUGACUUGGGGUAAUUAUGGAAAGAGUUACUCAGUGGGUCUGUACCUGGUAAGACAAAGGACUUCAGCUGAACUCUUGCAGAGGUUGAAAACUAUUGGUGUCAAACACCCUGAGAUAUGCAAGACUCAAGUCCGAGAGAAGUUGCGUCUGGACCCGGACAGUGAGAUAGCCACCACAGGAGUCAGAGUAUCCCUGAUAUGUCCGUUGGUGAAGAUGCGCUUGACUGUACCCUGCCGUGCAGAGACCUGUGCUCACCUCCAAUGCUUUGAUGCAGUCUUCUACCUGCAAAUGAAUGAAAAGAAACCAACAUGGAUGUGUCCAGUGUGCGACAAACCUGCCCAAUAUGACCAGCUUAUUAUAGAUGGGCUCCUAUCAAAGAUACUCAGUGAAUGCCGAGAUGCAGAUGAGAUAGAGUUCAUGGUGGAUGGAUCCUGGUGUCCUAUAAAAGCAGAAAAAGAGAGGAGCUGUAGCCCUGUCUGCCCUAUUCUGGAUUUGGGUUCUCCUGAAAUUACAGCAAAACUUCCCCCUCCAAGCAACCCAAUAUCCAAUGAGAAUGGAAAGCCUGGGCCAGAUGUAGUGGACCUAACACUUGAUAGCACUUCAUCUUCAUCAUCCUCUUCUGAAGAAGAGGAGGAAGAGGAAAGUCCUCCACAGAAGAGGCGAUGCUUUGAAAAAGGACUUCUGUCAGCCUGCUGAUGUCCUUCACCACCAAUUAGACUAAAAACCACACAUUGCAGGCAUAGACACAGGGUGGGGGUUGUGUCCCCAGUCCUAUGAAACCCUUUAUGAAUCACUACUUUCUCAAAGUCCCUUUCACCUAUUAAACCCAGUAAGAGGCAUAGAAAAUCACGUUCAGCUGGAAAUGGGUUAAAUAUUAAUCCAAUUAAUGUCCACUCUUUGAACCUUUUUUUUUUUUCCCCUUUUCUUUAAUUGCUAUUCUAAACUGAUUCUCGGGAGAGGGCUUGGAAUACAGACUCAAAAGGGAGAUGACCAUUCCAUGCAUCCUUUGUGACCAUCUCCUAUUCCUCCCUUCCGCCAGCUUGUACUAUUAGACAGCGUAUUCCCUUGUCUGCUUUGUGAUGUACUCUGGAGGGGUUGUAAUGAUAAACAAGAUAGUGUUUGCUCAUUAUAAGAGCUAUCGAAUGGUGUGAAUAUGUUGGUGGAGAAGAUGGACUUCAGAAGAGUAUUGAGCUAUAAAUCCUUAGAUCUAGGAUUGUGUCUGCAAUUGAGGAAGUAGAGAAGCAGUUUGUGUUUAGUUCUCCUGUUACAGAAAUGUAAGGGGAAACACGCUUUUAUUCAUUGUCCAUAGUGAUAUGCAAAAAGCGGGUGUGUUUAUAUUUUCUUGGGCAAUACCUGGGUGGAAGGGUCUACGCAAUGCUUUCAAUUCAACUACCUCUCUGCUAUUCAGGUUUUAUUUCUGUGUUAAGGGGAGAGGUUAUUGCUGCUCUACACACGUUCUCUUCCCUUUUUACAUCUUCCACUCGAAACGCCACCCUGCUGUCUAUAAUACAAAAUUUUGAACGCACCCACUAUUGUCUCAUUGUUCUCAAAAUUUUUCACUCAGAACCUUUUGUUCAACAUUUUGGGUGGAAAAUUAGUUCUGGAUGGGCACACUCCUACGACCCACAGUUUAGGGUAAAUGUUCUAAAAUGCCGUGCAGAGAUCUUACUGGUCAUUCCCAUUAUAGAGAAGCAGGGGGUGCACAGUAAAAAAAAUAUCCUGUUCUCAUGCUACUGUUCUGACUUUUUUUUUUGGUUGUUUUUUUUAUGUGCUACAAGGAAUCAUACAUAACCACCACACCUGGAAAAAAAAAACGGUUUUGUUUUGGGGUGUUGUUUUUUUUUGUUUUUUUUUAAAUUAAUUAAUAUAAUUGAAAUACCUUUUAUCUGGGCUACCACUUUAGAAUUGGGGAUUUAAAAAACACAGAAAAAAGGUCUCUCUUUAUAGAACCUGUAACUUGAUGGUUUUCAUUCCUUUGUUCCCAGAUUGUUUUGUUUUUUCCUUUUUGUAUGUCUUGUUUAUUGUGGUAAUAUAUUGCAGGAUAUGAUGCAGCUAGUUCAGGAUCCGCCUCAGCAUGAUAUCAUUGCCUUUCCUUUUACUUGUUUAACAGAAUUGCUUUUAAACCUUUCUGAGCAGUCUCCGGAUUCUGGAGCAGUUUUAUUUUUUUUAUUUUUUUUUUUUAAAUGGUAAUUUGUUUGCAAAAUCUUUUGAAACUUUUUUUUUUAUUUUAUUCCAUUAUCUCUGUACAUUCCCCCUGAAGAUAAGAGUAAAAAAAACACUCAUGAAGAUAGUGUUUGUUACAAUAAAAUUAUUUACAAUUACACAUGCUGUGUAAGUAUGUUCCCCAAAUAUGUUUAUCCAUGCAGAUAGAUAAUCCACACUAAACCUCGUUUGAAAUAUAACUUUUUAGAUUUGUACCUUAGUUUGGCAAGCUGCAUCUAAUGGGUAUAUAACUCAUCUUCCACCUCUAUCUUCUGCAAAUCCUGCACUGUGUAUACAAUUGGUUUUGUUGAAUGAAAGUAGAGCCUAAACAUAUAGUUGGGUUCUAUCAUUUAAAAUCUAGAUUGUUAUCCAAAUACUUUGCAUAGACCCCAUGGCACUUGACUACUGAAAAAUCUAACCACAACCUCAACAUAUAGCGCCCUAAACUUCUAGAAUGCUUGCAUUGUCCUGCUCAGUUUAACCCCCCCCCCCGUGUUUAUUUUAUAGUCCUUAAGUGGGGCUAACUGUAUCCUUUGUAAUUUGAAAGCAAUGCAUUGCCUUGCCAAGUCAAACUGUAUGGACUGCUGAGUUGCGUGGAUGUGACCUAUUGAAUAAUUGCAUCUGUUCAGCAGUUGUGAAAAAGUACAUAUAUCUUGCUGUUAAAAUGGAGUGAGAAGUAUUAAAAUAGAACAUUUAAUGUUAAAAAAAAAAAAAAAUGAUUAUGUAUAAAGAGCAUUUCUGGGAAAAGUUCUAAAAUGGAGCAUUUGGGUGGAAAAUUCAGUUUUUUUUUUUUUUGGUUUUUUUUAUGGUGAUUGCUCCACAUUUCAAUUUAGAAAAAUGUUUUGUCUUAAUUUUUUCUAUUUUUCCAUAACAUACUUUGUCUUCUUAAUCAAGGAUGUAGGUGACCAGACCAUUGUCUUCUCUCAUCUCGUAUUUAUCAUUGGAUUAAAUUACAUUCUAUCCCGUAUAACGUUAGCUCAUGGAUGUAAGGCUUUUCACAACCUUCCUAUUACAUCGAUGAAAAAGACUUCCAUUCUUUGACGUUUUCUACCAUUUCAUUGACCAUGCCUUGUCUCACAUUAAAGCUUUUGUGGCUCUUGCCUAGAGAAACAUGUUGCAUUUCUUCCUUAUAACUGUUAAUUCCUGGACAAUUCAUGCCCAUCUGUGCUUAGUCAUCAUCCCUCUUUGUAUCCUAGCAAAAAGAUAUAUAUAUUUUUUUGGUUGAAGCUCACCUGAUUUUACACUGAUCUUGAAGGAUGACUUCUUGGUAUUCAUCCAGCAUGUACGAUAAACUGCUCCCCUAAGAUAACCUUGCAUUGACCUUUAAUAUGCUUGUACAUAGUUGUUGCCUAUUCGGUGCCUCUUUUCUAGUGUAAAUAAACCCAGUUUGGCUAGA